AUGUCUAGUCUGACAGGUUCGAGCACUUUAGAUCAAUUGAUUGACGAAGCGAUCUAUCAGGCUUUACAGUCCAGUGCGAGGACUUUAACCUGGUACUGCGCUCUUGGUUUAGGGCUGGAAGGGAUUGUGUUAGGUGCUAUCUUUUCUCAAGUAUACAGAUACUACGAACUUUUCACUUCACACGAUUCUAGGUACACUUUGUUCCUCGUAGGAAUCGGUACCUUGGGAUGUAUCGGUCAAUUCGGAUUGAACCUAUGGCAAACAUACAUGUUCAUCGAUAAAGCGGCUACAGCUGUAUAUAUCGUAUUAGAGAAAGAUGUGUACGCAGAUAUGACUGUAUUGUUAUUUGUGGGGAUCUAUAAUUUGGCAGCGGCGUUCUAUUUCUCUAGAAGAGCAAUCAAGCUGGUAGGAAAUAGACGGACACUCAUACCUACUUUGAGUAUAUUGAGUUUAGCAAGUUUCACAAUGUGUUUAGUUACCAUCUGCACAGGAUUCAAGAUACCAAGUGGAACUGGGGAUUUGAAAGGAUGGAUAACCAACGUGAAUAAAUGGGUGAUAGCUUGGACAGCAGUAUCGGUAGUAACUGAUCUAUGUGUUUGUGCUACCAUGACAUACGCUCUGGUCAAAUCCAGAGACGAGAUCAGAGCUGCUGCUACUUCGUUGAUGAGGAAAUUAUUCAUGUUGACAUUCGAGACUAUGUUACCUCCCGUCACCGUAACUUUUUUGUUGUUGAUCUUCGGAUCUAUCGAGAAUCUCACCAUGGGUAAUUUCUCCAGAGUCCUCGUGUGGAUAAUCGGUCCAUUAUAUUUCCAUUCCAUCGUUCAUUCAUUAGUCAGCAGACAUGACGUUCAAUUCAUUCUUCAACAACAACAGCAACAACAACAGAAAGAGGGCAUAUUACCUUAUCAUAUGAAUAAUGGAAUUUCAUCGACCAGCCCCAAGAUCGAUAAUUACAAUGACCUUGAGAAUGGAAAUGGAAAUGGGCACGGGACGAUGCCGAUUCAGAUGAUGCCUGUGGUGAUGGAUGAAAGAGCAAGGAAGGAAUUGGGUUGGGAUGAAGGUGUGGAUCAUGAAUUUGGGGUGGCGUUGAGGUGA